UGCUGAAGCGCCGAGUCCUGGCUUUUGCAGCGUUGUGGUUGGUGGUCAGCGGCGUUCUGACUCCGGUUCCCGCGAGCCAUUUCCCCGGUGUCGCUGCUCUCGUCGCGGCCGCCGCCUGCUCUGCGGAAUCAUGGUGUGCUUCCGCCUCUCCCCGGCUCCGGGCUCCGGGCUUUUUCUGCUCUGCCUCGUCCUGGGAGCUGUCUCAUCUUAUGCAUUGGAACUUAAUUUGACCAAUUCGGAAAAAGCCACUUGCCUUUAUGCAAAAUGGCAGAUGAAUUUCACAAUACGCUAUGAGACCACAAACAAAACUUUUAAAAAUGUAACCAUUUCAGACCAUGGUACUGCCACAUAUAACGGAAGCUUCUGUGGGGAUGACCACAACGGUCCCAAAAUCGCUGUGCAGUUUGGAUCCGGUUUUUCCUGGACUGUGAAUUUUACAAAGGAGCUGUCUGCUUAUUCAAUUGACAGCAUCUUCUUUUCCUACAACACUAAUGAUAGCACAACAUUUCCUGAUGCUAAAGAAAAAGAAGUUUUUACUGUUUAUGACCGUGUGAUGUUCACAAUUCCAUUGAAUGACAUCUUUAGAUGCAAUAGUUUAUCAACUAUAGAACAGAAUAGUGUUGUCCAGCACUACUGGGAUGUUCAUGUACAAGCUUUUGUCCAAAAUGGCACAGUGAGCACAAAAGAGUUUCUGUGUGAUAAAGAUAAAAGUGCAACCACAGUGGUACCCGUCAUUCCCACCACUGCGCCAGCUCCUACCACAACACCCACUCCAAAGGAAAAACCCGAGGUUGGAUCCUAUGCAGUGAAGAAUAGCAAUGGUACCUGUCUUCUGGCUACCAUGGGGCUGCAACUGAACAUUACUCAAGAUAAGGUUGCUUCAGUUUUUAACAUCAAUCCCAAUACAACAGACGUGACUGGCAGCUGCCACCCUCAAACUGCUCUACUUAGGCUGAAUGGCAGCAACAUCAAGUAUCUUGACUUUGUCUUUGCUGUGAAAAAUGAAAACCGAUUCUAUCUGAAGGAAGUGAGUGUCAGCAUGUACUUGGUUAAUGGCUCUGUUUUCAGCAUUGCAAAUAACAACCUCAGCUACUGGGAUGCCCCCCUGGGAAGCUCUUAUAUGUGCAACAAAGAGCAGACUGUUUCAGUGUCUGGAACAUUUCAGAUAAAUACCUUUGAUCUAAGGGUUCAACCUUUCAGUGUGAUGGAAGGAAAGUAUUCUACAGCUGAAGAAUGUUCUGCUGACUCUGACCUCAACUUUCUUAUUCCUGUUGCAGUGGGUGUAGCCUUGGGCUUCCUUAUAAUUGUUGUCUUUAUCUCUUAUAUGAUUGGAAGAAGGAAAAGUCGUACUGGUUAUCAGUCUGUGUAAUUAAUUAAAUCUAGUGCUUUUUUUUUUUUUGGCCAUCAAGUUACGUUUCAAUUGGCUAAAAGCCAGGAAAUGCUGUGCAAUCGAUUGUUUAAGAUACACAGAUUAACCUAAGUGAGUUGCUAGCUAACUUGAGCAUGAGUAGCACUCUUUAAGAAAAAAAAAUGUAUUAGGACCAAUUUCUUCCUUUUUUUUUUCCUAUUUUCUCUUCCUUUGUAAAAGUGUAAUUGAAAGAAAAAUUGUGGCUUAGAAUAUGGUUUUUUAGUAAAUAAUGAUUUUAAGCCUCUGGAUGCAAUUAUGAAAGCAUUUCUACUGAAGUAUGAUUUUAUAUGUUGCAGUUUCUUGUAUUUUGCUUCUUUGACAUUAUUUGCAAAAUCAAAGCUGUUAGAGAAUUUACCUUGCUUCAGGAAAUAAGUUCAGGAACACAGUGAAUUCAUUUUCAUUGGUGGUAAACAUAAAAUUUGGUUUGUGAUAAUAUGACUCAGUUUCUCCAUCGCCUAAUCAAGGUGAUUUAAAUCUGUUUUUCUGCUAGUUAAAAAAAAGAAAAGAAAGGGCUUCAUAGUACUGUGUUUAAUAGCAAAAGUCUGGUUAUUUUCAUUACGGUUAGUAGCUACUACAUUUUAACAAUGAUGCUUUUUGUGGGGGGACCUACUGGAGUUUGGAAUAUAUCGAUUAUCACAGAUUUGCCAUUUAUGCUAAGAUCUUCAGCUUUUUUUUAAGGUGUUGACAUAGAAUGGGUUAUGGUUUUUUAGAGUUAUGAUUUAGAGUUUUUUUUUUUUCUUAGAGCCUUAACUUGUUCAGAAAGUUAAUUCAUCCUCCAGUAAAACAAAACGAAGUGUCUCUGUUUUGUGUGCCUCUUGCACUCUCUCAUCCCCUAUAUGAAUAAGUUUUGACUGAUAUUUUUAAUGUAUUGGUUUCUUUUUUUUUUUUUCUUGCAGCAGCCAAGUGCUAACUCUAGAGGCUAGUGGGCCCUGAAGUGUCAUCAUGAGAUGACUGCCUGGCCAAAGCUGGACCAGGAUUAUUCUGUAAUUUGUUGGUCUUGAUACAGCCUUCUAUCCCUAAAGGGACCUCUAAUGGCUCUGGCUGCUGGAGUAAGGUACUAGAGACCACUCAUCCCAGUGUCUGCUUGAUUGGCUAGGCUAGUGAAUUGUCUUUUGAUUUGGAAGCACAGCGUUGUAUUUCUGUAGUGUCCAAAUGGUUGCUUUGCACACUUGUUAUUAGCAUAAGGCAGAUGUUUGUUUUAUCGAGCUGUUUUAUCUCUAUAUAACUAAAAAACAACAGUUUCCAAAGACCUGCCUUCACUUUUAAAAUGUUCCUUGGAUUAAAAAAUUAAGCUUAAAUCUUAAGUUAGUUAUUAAAUCCAAGGAUUUGGUUCCCAUCUACCUCUCAGCAAAAUUCAGAUGCUCACCACUGUAUUGCUGCCAUUAACUGAUGCCAAAAUUCUUUGGCAAUAAUUGGAAUUGGAAAAUUUUGUUUAAAAAAAAAAGAAAAUUCAUCAACAUCUUUCUUUACUGUCUUCAUAUGUGCAUCUCAAAAGCAUAUAUUCCAAACUGGAGUAGGAAGUCAGAUUGCUCAAUGAUGUUUCCCUUAGAACUCUGACUUGCAGACUCAAGCUCUUCUCUAUUUGCUAAGUAUAUAAAGAACAUUUUCUUUUAAAAUGUUCUCCUUUGAAAACAAUUGCUUAUUUGUUAUUUCGUCAAAAGAUGGCACCAUAAAGAACAGUGGCUUCGUUUCAAUAAAUAUUUUUGAGAUGAUUGUCUAAAAGCCCGAUUAUUUAAAUCAGCUUGUGACCUUGCCAGGUAUGUGGAUUGGAAAGAUCAUAUACAUUCAGAAUUACGGUUUCAUUUAAAAGUUUUUUUCUACCUUUUGGGUAGGAGACUAGUAUGACUAAUUCUUCAUUAGGUAUCAUGAUUUUAUCUUAGAUAAUUAGCAAAUGUGUGUUUAACUCUUCUUUGAGAAUUAAGAUGAAAAACACAAAAUUUUAACAGAAGGUUAAAACAAAAGUUGCUUCAACUCCAAUAAAAUAGGAAGCCCAAAAUCUACGAACUGAGUGUUCAGUUAGCUUUGCUCACUGAGUUCAUUUUUAUGUCAGUACAACAAUGGAUCAGAUAGUAGGACUUUGAACUCAUGAAUAUAAAGAAUUGUUUUUCACCCAAGCUUCUUUGGAAGGACUGAUGCUUGCUGCUACCUAAAGUUUUGGAUGUAUCAAUAUAGUGAACUAAUUAAUACCUGCUAAAUAAAGCAUACUGUGGUACUCCUGUUUGAUCUGAUAUGUGUGAUUUUUAGAUUGAUGGAUUAAAAUAUAAUAAAGAUAUAAUCUAUAUCA